UCAAUUUUUAAAUUGCGUAAGUAUAGUAUAAGAUGUUUUAACUCUACCACCAAACUAUAUACUAUGUAGGAAGGUUGCAGAAAUUGAUAAUUGUUGUUUGGAAGUUGGAAUAGGCGUAAUUAGAGAUAAAUUUGUUUUUGCUAUGGGAGGUGAGUAUAUAUUGAGUUCUAAUUCUGUUAGUAUGCUUGAUGUAUGGUAUCUUCAUUAUCAUCACCUUGUUGGGUACCGUUGGCAGAUAUGUUAGUUCGUCGAAAAAACCUAGGAGUUGGUGUAUUAUAUGAUUGUAUAAUAUAUGCUGUAAAUAGGCGGGAAUGGUAUUUUUGGUGGUACUUAAAUACCGUAGAAGUUUUUGAUAACAGUAUUAAAAUAUGGAGAAUGGUUACUAGUAUGAAUACUGAUAGAAGUGGUUUUGUUGUUGGUGUACUCAAUGAUCAUUUAUAUGCGGUAGGAGGUUAUGAUGGUUCAUAUAGUUUGAAGUCUGUCGAAUGUUAUGAUCCCAGAAAUGACACAUGGAUACCCGUUGCAGAUAUGUCUGUACAGUGUACAUCACGACAUAUGGUCGUGACAUAAAUUAUUACAAUCUUAGGCUUAUAGACCAAGUGAUGGAGUAUGGUCUCGAGUUUCUGAUAUGAAUUUAAGCAGAUACAAACCUGGAGUAGUCGCACUAGAUGGUUUAUUGUAUGUGGUGGAGUUGAAGAAUCAAAUUAUUUUACUAUAGAAGUGUAUGUCGUAUGACCCUAAUACCAAUACCUGGUCCAUGAAAAAGCUGUGUAAAAAUGACAAAGUCUUCCAAAUAUAUAGUGGAGUAGUGGUUAAUAUACCACCAAAUUAUACAACUCAAUAGCAUUUUUAAUAAAACUUUUAAUAAGUCUAUCAACAUUUGUUUUUACGAAAAAAAUUGUUGUAAAUUUAAGUCAAAUAAUUAAGCUAUAAAAAUAUUUAAAUUAUUAUAUUAUUUACUUAACUAUUUGAAUGUUAUCU